AUGGCGGCGGCGGUGGCGGCGCGGUGUCCGGGCGGGCGGUGGGCGCUGUGCCUGUGCCUGUGCGCGGCGCUGCUGCCGCGGCCGGCGCGGGGCCUCACCGACCGCCUCUACUGCGGCCGCCGAGUCUGCUACGAGGUGCUGGGCGUCAGCCGGCAGGCCAGCAAGGCGGAGAUCGCCCGCGCCUACCGGCAGCUGGCCCGGCAGUACCACCCCGACCGCAACCGCGGGGAGCCCGCGGGCGGCGAGGGCAGCGGGGCGCAGGCGGCGCACGAGAAGUUCCUGCUCAUCGCCGCCGCCUACGAGACCCUCAAGGAUGAAGAAACACGUAAAGAUUAUGACUAUAUGCUGGAUCAUCCUGAAGAGUAUUACAGGCAUUAUUACCACUACUACAGCAGGAGACUGGCACCUAAAGUAGAUGUCACAAUAGUGAUCCUGGUUACGGUGUGUGCCAUCUCUGUUUUUCAGUUCUUCAGCUGGUGGAGUAGUUACAAUGAAGCUAUCAACUACUUAGCAUCUGUGCCAAAAUACCGUAUACAAGCUACUGAGAUUGCCAGGCAACAAGGUUUACUCAACAAGACUAAAGAAAAAGGCAAGAACAGGCGGUCUAAAGAAGAAAUUCGUGAAGAGGAGGAAGAAAUUAUUAAAGACAUUAUUAAAAAUAAAAUAGAUAUAAAGGGUGGAUAUCAGAAGCCCAAAAUAUAUGAUAUCCUUCUAUUUCAGAUCCUUCUUGCUCCUUUUUACUGGUGCAAAUACAUAGUUUGGUACUGUUGGUGGAUUUAUUGUUUCACUAUUAAAGGGAAAGAGUAUGGUGUGGAAGAGAAGUUGUAUAUCAUAAGAAGGUACAUGAAAAUGUCUCAGUCUCAGUUUGACAGCCUGGAAGAUCAUCAAAAAGAGACCUUUCUUGAACGGCAACUAUGGAUACGAGAAAACUAUGAGGUGUAUAAACGGGAACAAGAGGAGGAGUUAAAAAAGAAGAUGGCCAUGGAUCCCAGAUGGAAGAGAUACCGGCGGUGGAUGAAAAACGAAGGACCUGGAAGACUGACCUUUAUUGAUGAUUGAAAGUUGCUGAACAAAAUGUGUAGUAUUGCUGAAAGUGAUUUGCAAAACUUUUCAUUAUGUCAUUCAGAGUUUUGUCUGCUGUGGCUUAGCAGUGAUCUAAAACUCAGGAACUAUUACAUCAGGCCGAAGCAUAAUACAGGUUUACCAUUUUUAUAAAUCAGACCUAUUAAACAGGCUCAGCCUAAUGUAUAUAUGCCAUUUACUUGGGGAUAUCAGCAUGGAAUUAAUUAUUCCAAACAAUGUAUUUUUUGCUAGAUACUUCAUAUUCAUCGUCAGUGAAACCAUAACUCUGGUGUUUCUGAGAAUGUUUUUAGUUCAAACCUUGUAAGUCCCAGUUUUCUUCUUUAAACUGAAGGGUUCCUUCAACUAGAAACUGAAAGUGCUUAUAAAGGAUUCCAAAACAAGGACCAUUUUCUGUUUUCCUCUCUUAGCCCCUACUUUUCAAUCUAAGAUGCCAAAUAGUUUUUUUUUUUCAUGUAAACAAUAUGGGGAUUAUACAAGACUACUGCUAUUCCUGCUUCACUUGGAAAUUCAUUUUAUUCUUUCUGGGAAUAAAUGAUGCAUGAUUGAUCAUCAUUGUGAUGCAAAUAAGCCUUAAUUCUUUGUUUUACAGAAUAAUUCAUGAUACGGUAUGCGUGGAUGUUUUGUGGUUUUUCAUCUUGUACGUUGGAUUAUACCUGCUUGUUCAAAACAAGUAUACCAGUGAAUAUUAGUCUAUUAAAAGUGACAUUUCUUUCACCAAAGUAUUGGUUAAAGGGAAAAAUGACCCUUUUGUUAAAAAGGGCAAUUUUGAUGCCUUAUGUAAAUAAAAGUUUAUAUAUGCAGAC